GUGUUCCAAUCCACGGCCGCCGCGCUGCCCUGCGAGCUGCCUCAGGAGGGCGCAGCCCGCGCCGGCCGCGCCCCCGGCGCCCCCAAGCAGCGGCUGGCGCAGCAGCGGGCCGCCGCCGAGGCGGCGCCCGCGGGUGGCGUGUUCGCGCCGAUCAGCCGCUACCAGCAGGCGUGGGCGAAGCGCGUGGCGGCGCAGCAGCAGAGGCGGCUGGCCGCCGAGGCCGGCGCGCGCGCCUGA